AAGGCUCAUUUUAAUAUCAGGAUCAUCUUCACCACACUAAAGUGAUUAGCCAUACGGUGUGGAGGUUUUAGUACAAUUUUCUGGCUCCGCACUGUUUUUUUGUAUUCCUUUUAAAAUGAGGAUUAAAAGAGUUAAAUUAUGGGUGAUGCUGGUGGUUGCACUAAUAGGGCUGACUUGUGAAGCAAAAAUGCAAGAUUCAGAUGCAGUGACUUUGGAGUUGAACGAAUUGGUGGGAGAAGUAAUUGUUCGACUUGACGAAUCGUUGCCUUGGAGGGAAUUAACCUUCGCCAUAGCCUACCCUGCUGAGUAUAAGAUGAGUUUGGGAUUGUGGAUAGAAGAAAUGGACGGUGGUGACAAGCUGCAUUUCUCUAAGAAAUUUCCAGAUUUAAAAUACAACGCAGUGUUAAAUGACACGAAAGGUUCCCAUGGGGUCGGUGCCUCGUCUCCUGGCCGAGGGUCACCGGAUUAUGUUCGCUGGGAAAUUGAGGAAGAGAUAGGGGUCACAAUGUUGGGGUCCUGGAGAACGAGCAGUGUCAUUAUCGUCGUGACCCUCUUCAAAAGAACCGAGCCCUACUUAUACGAGAAGUGGUUCGAUUGUCAUCACACUGAUCCGGAAGGGCUUGGUCGCUUGAUCCUCUCCCAUGAAAUGUGCAAUGGACGGUGGAACUGCCCAAACGGCUUUGACGAGAAUGACUGUAGCUCCACCUUUGGGCACUCUGAAACUGAAGAAACAAUGAGAUCGAUUGAUGAGCGGUGUUCAGUAACGUAUCAGUUGGCCGGGUUUACCUUCAUCUUGUCACUUAUUUGCAUAGUCGUCUUCUUCUUCGUUCAUCUUAGAAUUCGUGCGGGUCAAGAACGCUUGAAACAAGUUGAACGUUCCAUCCACAAGCAACCCUUAAUUGACGAAAUCAUUAGUGAAACGAUUUCUAAUGAUGAGCCACCUUCUUAUGAUGAGGUGCAUGAGAUGAACGCACAACUACCCCCCUCAAAACUGCAGGGUAGCGAACCUCGCUGCUGGGAUAGGAACCAUAAAGUAGUACACAACAGGAAUUCAAAUACAAGCGUGAAUAGUUAAACAAUUUAUAACCCUAGUUAACAUUACUAAUUGGCAAUAAAACAGCAAACAAAUAUAUGUGGAUUAACUAAUUUAUCCAGAAAACUGA